AUGACCACACCACCAGGCACCUCACCAAUGAACUUAUUCCAGCUAGACAUCUCUGUGAAACAGGGACGGGAUAAAGUCCGAGAAAUGUUUAUGAAGAAUGCCCACGUCACAGACCCCAGAGUGGUUGAUCUUCUGGUCAUUAAGGGAAAGAUGGAACUGGAGGAAACUAUUAAAGUGUGGAAGCAGCGGACACACGUCAUGCGGUUCUUCCAUGAAACAGAAACUCCAAGGCCAAAGGAUUUCCUGUCCAAGUUCUAUGUUGGCCACGACCCAUGAAGUCAUUCAGUGGGAAGGUGCAUGUUGAUAUUUAAAUACUUUAUAGUACAAAUAAACUCAGUAUAUGAUGGUCA